GGGGCCGGCGGGGGGAGGGGAAGGGGAUGGGGGGCGGGCGCAGAGGACGGCGGGGCCGGCCGGACACGGACUGCUCCGUCGCUCCCUCCCUCAGCUCAUCCCCGCGUCCCCACUUCCCUCCUCCCCUCGCUCCGAGCAGCAUCCUCUGCAGACCCUCGGUCCUCGUUCCCGGGGUCGUCGGGCUCCCGCGGCUCCGUGUAACUACCCCUCUUCACUGGGCAGCCCGGCAACUUUCUCCGCCCGCUCCCGGGAGUGGGGGGUCGCUUUGCCUGGGCGGAUUGUUCCUGGGGUUCACUGGGGGGGCAGUCUCUGGAGAAGGGCCUCAGGGUCCCAGGGAGACAUCUGCCAUCUGCCACCUGCCCCCGUCGGGUCUCGGCACCCUCUCUUCCCCUCUCCCCCAACCAUGACCGAAAUGAGCGAGAAGGAGAACGAACCGGAUGACGCGGCCACCCACACGCCCCCGGGGACCGUCUCAGCCCUCCAGGAAACCAAGCUCCAGCGGUUCAAGCGCUCACUUUCCCUCAAGACCAUCCUCCGAAGUAAGAGCGUGGAGAACUUCUUCCUUCGCUCAGGCUCUGAGCUCAAGUGCCCCACUGAGGUGCUGCUGACCCCCCCAACCCCGCUGCCCCCUCCCUCCCCACCACCGGCAUCUACAGAUGGGGGCCUCCCUCCCCCGGCCCCCUCCCCCUGCCCCAUCCCACGGCCCCUGGCACCGCUCAAACCGGUCAGACUGCACAGCUUCCAGGAACACGUCUUCAAGAGAGCCAGCCCCUGUGAGCUCUGCCACCAGCUCAUUGUGGGAAACUCCAAGCAGGGUCUGCGGUGUAAGACGUGCAAAGUCAGCGUCCACCUCUGGUGCUCCGAGGAGAUCUCCCGCCAGCAAUGCCCAGGCAAGGCGUCCUCCUCCUUCCGUCGCAACUUCAGCUCUCCGCUCCUUGUGCAUGAGCCACCCCCCGCCUGUGUCACAAGCAAAGAGUCCCCACCCACCGGGGCCAGCGGGAAGGUAGACCCCGUCUACGAGACCCUGCGCUAUGGCACCUCCUUGGCACUGAUGAAUCGCUCCAGCUUCAGCAGUACCUCUGAGUCCCCCACGCGGAGCCUGAGUGAGCGGGAUGAGCUGACUGAGGAUGGGGAAGGCAGCAUCCGCAGCUCAGAGGAGGGCCCUGGAGACAGUGUAUUCACAGCCCCGGCCGAGAGUGAAGGGUCAGGACCAGAGGAGAAGAGCCCCGGACAGCAGGUGGGUGAGAGCAUGCCCCCCAAACCCCCUCUGCGAAAGGACGUGGGGCCCAUGUACUCCUACGUCGCGCUCUACAAGUUUCUGCCCCAAGAGAACAAUGACCUGGCUCUACAGCCUGGGGACCGGAUCAUGCUGGUGGAUGACUCUAACGAGGACUGGUGGAAGGGCAAGAUUGGCGACCGGGUUGGCUUCUUCCCAGCCAAUUUUGUGCAGCGAGUAAGGCCAGGUGAGAACGUUUGGCGCUGCUGCCAGCCCUUCUCUGGGAACAAGGAACAGGGGUACAUGAGCCUCAAGGAGAACCAGAUCUGUGUGGGCGUGGGCAGGAGCAAGGAUGCUGACGGCUUCAUUCGCGUCAGCAGCGGCAAGAAGCGGGGCCUGGUGCCAGCCGACGCCCUGACCGAGAUCUGAGCGUUGCCCAGAGAACCCAGCUGCCACCCCUGCCCAUGCCUGGCCCUUGCUUCUGGCCCCGGGAACAGGAACAGGCAUCUGCCCACACUCUUCCUCCCUCCACCUCUCCUAGGGGCCACUCCCCAUGACUUGGGAGCCUUCUGCACGGAGGAAGGUUUUAUUUUUGGGGUCCCAAGGUACCCCGAGGGGCUUGCUCCCCUGGACUUAGGGGUGAGGGAGGAGGGGACAGUGGGAGGGAACAGGGAAGCUCCAGGUAGGUCCAGCCACUGCCCAGACCCCACUCCCCAGUUGCCUUGCUGAGUGCAGCCCUGGGCAGGGGGGUGUUCCUGGGGAACUCUCCUGCUGCUUUGUCCAGAGGGCCUUCCCACUUCCCAUGUCCACACCACCUUUGCAUGCCUGACACCACUGCCCUCUCCCCGCGGAGCCCCUGCUUGGGUCUAUGUGCGUGUGACCCUGCGGCUGUCCCUUUGGAAGGAAGUGGGGCCGAGUGCCUCAGUCCUCCGCCCCGGGGGUUCAGGGGCGGUGGGAGGGGAUUUAGGACUGCAGGAGGAUCCUGAGUCCACCUGCUGGUUUCACCACCUCUGUCACUCCAUCAAUUCUCAGGAAAGUUCUGUGGGAAUCUCUCCCAUUACUUGAAACCACGGGCGGACAAAGGAGGGGAGGGCCGAGUUCUGGGGAAAGUGUGGUAGAUCAGAGACCGUCUCUUCAAGGAGAACAGUCACCACAGAGCAGCCUCAUGGUACCCUUAUCCACUGGAGAGGGACACUCCAGAAUGACUUGCACCCAGAAACCUGACUGAGAACAAAAAACUAGCCUAUGCUUAGAACCCUCAUUUCACUGUCAGGACUCUAGAAGUCCCUGGUGGCAGGAGGCAGGGCUGGCCACCCAGGGGAGCCUGUGCUGCCUCCUGUCCUGGGUAUCACAAGGCCCACCCCAGGAGUCCUGCCUCAAGGCUGACCAGGCCACUGCUCUUCCUCGCCCUCUCCCUCUGGGCUUUGCAGGAAGCACUGGGACCCCUCCUUCAGUGCAGGGGACCCUUCUGACCGAAUCUGCACCCUUAUCCUGGACAGAGAGUCCUGGGAGGAAGAGGGAGUGCGAGAUGGUUAAGGCAGGCCAACAGUUCUGUUUGACCACCAGGAAAGGAGGGGGUAGGCACCCUGGAGGGGGGGGGGCGCACACAAAGAGGACCCCUCCCUUACAGGUUGUUUUUCUCUGGUGCCAACCUCCCUCUCCCCUCCCAAGCUCAGAGCCUCCUCUUGUGCCCUUGAUCGUGCCAGCCAAUGCCAGCCCCCACCCUGGGCACAGUCACACCCUCCCAUACCCACUAGCCCCUGCUCCACUUCUCCCCCCUCGGAGGGGGGCUCAAGCCACACUGCCCUGUUUGCUGCCAUGAGGCCCCCCCCAGCAAUAUCCCAGGGGCGGGCCCGAUGCCCACUGUACAUGAGGCUGCAUGAUGGGUCUGCUGGGGCAUUGCUGAGCCCCCAGACCCUUAAAUAAAUGUUUCUUGUCCCAA